AUGGUAAAUAAAAUUUCCAACACUCCUAUUAUCAUCUUAUCAGCUUAUUAUUUAAAAUUUUAUUAUAAUUAUAUUGAAAUGGGCUUUUUAGAAGUUGGUGAACCUCCAUUGUCCUUUGAAGAAUCAAAAGCACUGGCUGAGUACAUUCGAGAACAUGGUGCUAUCCAAUUUGUGCAACUCUAUAACGGUCAUAAAGAUCAUCACACCCCAGCUCUCCGUUGGGGGGAAGAAAUGGAAUAUCAUGCAGUUCAGCUUGAUGAAGAACAUCAUAAAGCCAAAAUAUUUCUCAGAGCAAUUGAUGUUAUCAAUGCAUUAAACGCUGCAGAAGAGCUAACGAAUGGUAGCUUGAUUUGGCAUGUGGAAUAUGGUGCAUGGAUGAUAGAAAGCGUCCCAAAAUUUCCUUAUAAUCAUUACAUUCAAGAUUUAUUAACAGUCGAACCUAAAAUGGUCCUAAGAAGAAUGAAAAUGAAGACUAUUUUGCAAGCUAUAAACCCUUCCCUUUGUCCUUUAUCUAUACCUUGCUUCCCACUGCUUGGAGUUGGUGAUGACUAUUUUUGUCCAAAAGAAGGACCAGAUUUUUUAAAUAAUGCAAGCCAAAGCUUAUACCUUGACGAUAGAGUUAUAUGCCCUCAUCCUAGAUUCCCAACACUUACUAAAGGAAUUGUGACACGUCGAGGAAAACCUGUAAAUAUCAAAAUUCCUUUAUUUCAAGACGAAAAUACAAACCCUCAAGAUGAGCCAUAUCCAGGUUUUAUUCAUAUGGAUGCAUGUGGAUUCGGAAUGGGUAUAGCGCUUUUCCCGAGGAUGGCGCGGAAUGGCGCCAUCCUCGGGAAAGUCAACUAAGCAUCCACACGGGAACUGGGAGUUCCACGUGUGGAUGCCAUUUUUGACAUGUGGGAUCCAAACUUCCACAUGUCAAAAUGGCAUCCACACGUGGAACUCCCAGUUCCCAUGUGGAUGCCUUCCUGGCUUUCCCGAGGAUGGCGCCAUUCCGCGCCAUCCUCGGGAAAGCGCUAUAUGUGCUGCUUGCAGGUAACAUUAAAUGCUACAAGUCUAUUUGAAGCAAGGUCACUCUAUGACCAGCUUGCUCCUUUGACACCUGUUAUGCUUGCAUUAUCAGCCUGCACACCAUUUUUUAAAGGAAAAUUAGCAAAUACUGAUACGAGAUGGGAAGUUUUGGUUCAAGCUAUGGACGAUAGGACUGAUGAAGAAAAAAAUAUAGGCUGAAGAUCCCGAUAUGGAGGAGUUUCCCGAUACAUUUCUCAAUGUGCUAAAUUAAAGCCUGAGUAUAAUGAUAUAAAUGUCCCUUAUCACGCUCCUACCUAUGAUUAUUUACUAUCUCAAGGUAUUGAUGAAAUUUUAGCAAAGCAUAUAGCAGUAAUCAUGAUUAGAGAUCCAUUAGUUAUUUUCCCUGAUAAAGUAUAUGUAGAUGAUACUACCACUACAAUGCAUUUUGAAAACCUUCAAAGCACUAAUUGAAACUCCUUAAGGUUUAAACCGCCGCCAUCAAUGGACUCAGAUAUCUGCUGAAGGGUAGAAUUCAGGCCUAUGGAUGUCCAGAUUACUGACUUUGAAAACGCAGCAUAUUCAAUUUUCUUGAUUUUAUUAUCCCGCAUGAUUGUAGCUUUAAAAUUAAACUUUUUGAUACCUAUGUCACAAGUUGAUGAAAAUCUUCAAAGAGCUUCUGUUAAAGAUGCAAUUUUAAGCCAAAAAUUCUGGUUUAGGCUAAAUGUCAUUGGAGCUGACUGCAAGGAGCGGCAAUUUUUCAUGGAUUCUACUAAAAAUUCUCAAGACAGAAUUGAAGAGCUUACCAUGAGAGAAAUCUUUUUAGGGACGCCAGAGUUUGAAGGGCUUUUAGGCUUGCUUGAAAUUUAUGCUAAUUUUCAAUAAAUUUAAAAAAAAAAAUAUACAAUUUUUUAUAUAAAAUAAUUAUAGAAAUUAAUUUAUAAAGAAAUAUCUAAAAGAAGUAGUAAAAUGUCCAGAAGAAGAUUAUAACCAGCUGAAAAAAUAUUUGGAUUUAAUUAAAAGAAGGGUUAUUGGGGAAACCCCUACAGGAGCUGCAUAUUUGAGAAAUUUCAUUGUAAAUCACCCGGAUUAUGCGAAAGAUUCAAUUAUCAAUGGAAAUAUUGCAUUUGAUUUAGUGAAAAUUUGUGCUGACGCAAGAGUUGACUGGCUGCUGCCAAAAAUAAAUGGCACAAGUAGUUAG